UCCAGUGGUAGACUUAGAGGACUCUGAACACCUCAGAACACCUAGUCCUAUGGUUGAAACUCUCGAAGAACUAGAAAGGGAGUUUAUUAAACCUGAGGAGGAGAUCAGUAUACCCUCGACCCUCAUUACUGAUGUAAAAGAAGUAAGCACCUGGCCACCUUCAGGAGUCCUGACUUCGGGUUUUCCUGGGGUAAUGGAUGAGGAAUAUAUGGAUCUGUUCAACAGACAACCCACCCCUUUUGCUCAGAUUGCUAUUGGCAGUGCUCAGAGUUAUUUAUUAGAUCUACAUCAACGCACAAAAGAAGCUACAGAUUAUGAUGUGCAAAACAUUGAGUGGGCUUCAAGUAAGAACUUUACAGUAGACCUCGGAAUGAACCAAAUUGAGCAAUAUAUUUCUACUUGGGAAAUGCAGGCAAGCUGGCUUCACUCCAUUGACUUUCUUCAGGAGGAGACUUUGGAGUUCAGCAGACGUUACCACUACAGAGUAAAGUGGAGCGUUCCAACAAGACGGAAGCCGGUGCCACGAUCAACAGCCUGUGUCUAUUUCGUUAUUGAAGUAUUCACGAAUAAACCCGAGAACUGGCCCGUACAAGUGUAUUAUUUUGUGGAGUCAAACCGACUUCUACACAGGCCAGGCCAAUCAAGAUUUAGAGAAAAGUGGCUCGAAGAUGUAAUUGAAAGCAAGAUUCUUCUAACAGAGAAAAUUACUUUCUAAAGAAUUUUUUAUGCAUUGUCAAAUGCUAAAAAAUUGUGUAUAUACUUAUGCUUAAUAAAAGCAUGCUUACAUGAAAGAAAGGAGUUGGAUGGUUUUUAUACAUUCGACCUGAACAAUUAUCUUUUGUUAAUUAAAAAUUCAAUUCUGCAUAGCUUGAUUAUUUGGCGUAACAUCAUUACACCACAUUAAGACUUGUUAAUGAGUUGCUCAAACUGAUUACGAUGCCAUGUCAUGGAGCACGGCAGAACAUGAUUUAUUCUUUUCACAACUCUAUGUGAUUGGCAUAGUAGCUGAAUUGCAGCCCUUGGACAUACACUGCGUGACUCGUGUAUUUUCUUGGUGAAUUUUCUAAACUUUCCACCCAAGUGUCUGACUAUAUGCUGUAACAGUUAGUGUCCCUAGGUGCAGUGACAUGAGGCAGGGCUAUCAUGUUUGCAUAUUAUCACUUUCAUUAUGUCACACAUAACAUGCAUUUUGUAAUGUGUGUAACUUUAAAACUUGCAACAUUGUACCUUUGCAUGCCACACUCUUCUGCCAAAUGAUCUGUUGAAUAAUUUGGGGAAAAUUAUACAUUGAAUGUACAGUCACUUGAGCUUUCCAAAAAAAAAAAAAAAAAAGAGUACAAUUAAACACAUAAUGAUUUGCCACAAAAUGAUGGCAGUGUUUUUUUUGGAUAGAUUGCUUUUUCAUGCAGCACUGCUAUCUUUCUACAGACAACAGGUAAUUUUUUAUUUUAUACACUUGCUUGAGAAAUAAGAGUAUGCAUAAAGAUGAACAUUUUAACCAUCCAGGUGGAGUCAUACAGAGACAAACUUUCAUAACAGAUAAAGGUGCACUGAAGGUUUAGUUCAGGGACCCCAGGAUUGUACCCAGCUUUGAUCUGGCUCACACAGGUUUCACACACAAAGACAUGUA